AUGGCAACCCCUAAAUUUCCAGAGGUAUCUGCGUAUCGCUACUCCUGCAGCAAUUCCAAUAAACGCUGGACAGUCGAGAACCCAGCUACGGGUAAAGUACUUACCACAAUCCAGUCCGGAGAUUCAGGCACGGUCGACGCAGCCGUGCGCGCAUCGCAAAUAGCUUUCACAGAGCGCUGGCGACCCCUGACUCAUGCCGAGCGGGCAUCAUAUCUUCUUCGCUGCGCAGACGAGCUCGAGAAGCAUGUCGACGAGAUUGCGAUGUUGUUAUGUUUGGAAAAUGGGAAGCCUUUUCAGGAUGCUAAGGUGUUCGACUGCGGUUUCCUAGUGAACAUUUUUCGCUUCUUUGGGGGCUUGGUCGAUAAACUGCCGUCGCAGUUCUACGAUAGGGGGAGCCUGUACUCAACCGUGGUGCAUGAGCCAUUCGGUGUGUGUGUCGGCAUCUUACCCUUCAAUUGGCCGUCUAUCCACACCGGCGGCAAGCUCGGUCCUGCGCUUGCGGCGGGCAACACAUUUAUCCUAAAGCCCGGUGAGCAGGCUCCGUUGACGGUGAUACGGAUCGUAGAGAUCCUGGAGGGUAUCCUGCCAAAAGACGUGGUUCAGGUUGUGCCGGGGCUAGGACCAGAAGUGCCGCAGGCAUUAAUCACGCACCCGCUCGUAAAAAAGGUUAGUUUCACGGGAUCAACGGCGGCCGGGGCGGCUGUGGCAAGAACUGCGAGUGAUUCUAUCACGCCCGUUGUGCUUGAGCUCGGUGGAAAGAACGCGUUGGUUGUUUUUGAAGACGCAGAUUUCGAUGGCGCGGUGCGCACAGCUCUUGAAGGUGCUUUCUUUAACAAGGGUGAAGCCUGCACCGCUACCUCACGCAUUCUUGUCCAACGUGAGAUCUAUGAGAGGUUCGUCACAAAGUUGGCUGCAGGAGUAAACCAGAUCAGAAUGGGGAAUGGCCUCGACUCUAAGACUCACGUUGGGCCGCAAGUAUCCAAAGCGGCGCAAGAACGCCUCCUAGAGUAUAUUUCUCUCGGACAAAAAGAGGGUGCCAGAAUUGCGGCUCAGGCUCAACCACCUUCCGAUCCUGAAUGCAAAGAUGGUUUCUUCGUUCCUGCUACUCUCUUUGCCGAUGUAAGCGAGGGUAUGCGCAUUGCAAAAGAAGAGAUGUUCGGCUCCAUCGUGACCGUCACGCCCUUUGGUAACUUUGAGGAUGCGACUCGCAUUGUGAAUUCAGUAGCCUAUGGGCUAACGGCGGUAGUAUUUACAAAUGACCAAUUGAAGGCUAAUCGGUUCGUCCGAUCAGUUGAGGCCGGAAUGGUCUGGAUAAAUAACUACAAUAGAAAUGUAGUAGGAACACCAUUUGGUGGAGUGAAGUAUUCGGGUUACGGUCGAGAACACUGCAUAGAGACUCUAUUUGAGUGGACUCAGCCAAAAGCCGUACAUGCGCCCUCUGGUCUACAAGCCAUUAAGGAGUGGCGUGGUGUGGUUGACAUUUUUGGCGUUGAAGGAAGCGAAAUCGUACAAUGA